CUAUAUACCCGGUGUUAGAGUCCAAGCUGAAUAUUCUGAGUCCCUACGAUGGAAUCUAUUUUGUCUGUUGCUCUGCUGUGCGCAUGCGCCCUUGUAUGUUCCGGUGCUGUGUAUAAGUAUCCAUCCUACGGUCAGUACCCGGAUGUACACUACGGGAAUCAGUACGUCCCUAACAACCGCCCUGGCAGCUACUACCCAGACAAGUAUCCUACUGAUGUGUGGGGAGGACGCUCUCAGGGACAUUACAGAAGAUACCGACGAUCUGUGCCGUCCCAUGUCAGUGGAUACCCGAGUUACAAACAGACCUACCCGUCUAAUGACUACCCCUCAUACCAACCUUCCUACCCUUCAACACACGGCCAGAUCUACCCUGAUCACGUGAACACCUACCCCGGACAUCAAGACACCUACCAACAAGACAAUACGUACCUUACCAUUUCCAGGUCAACAAUGGAACCAAUGGGGAUCCUAGGUCUGGAACUCAGAAAUAUGGCUCUUACCAGGGAUGAAGAGAUGGCCGGCACUACUGGUUGGAUGACCUCCAGACUUGAAAUCCUCACUACAUGAUCUGCAAUGUAUAAGUCUUUCAAAUAAACAAACUUUACAUUACAAUAUA